AUGGAGUCAGAAAAUGAGCUUGUUGUUUGUCCCUACAACUCAUCUCAUGUUAUAACAGCUACCCGGAUGCCUUACCACCUGAUCAAAUGUCGAAAGAGCUAUCCUUUCCUGGAGUUGGCAGUUUGCCCUUUCGACGCAAACCAUGAAGUCCGUAAACCAGAGCUCAAGCACCACAUGCUCAACUGUCCAAGCAAAAUCUUGUUGGAAAGAGAGAUUUCCUUUGAAGCAGUACGUAAGGCCAUUAACAGCAGUGACCCGCCUGUGAAGAAAGGCUUCACUGAUCUGCCUAGGUACCGAGAUCAUCAUACUCAUGAUGAUGAUGACGACAGCUGGGACGAAGAAAGACGGACCGCUCGUAAUGAUGCCCCAAGAUUCUUUGCAUGGACUUCAAGAACUGCAUGUCAUAGCCAAGAUAGUGAGAACUCCAGCCUGCGGCGCCCAUUCAGCCAAGGGAUGGCUGCCAUCGCAAGAUCACCUGGUAUUGUACAAUCAGUCGAAUCAAAUCUACACAGAACAGUUGAUUUUAAUGCUCUGCUGGCAGGACGUGGUAGAGCUAGACUUUCGUUGUCUCCUGAAAGAGCAGUGUCCAUCAGUCCCGGAGCCAGUGGGCAGUCACAGUUUCUGCAGACAAACAUGUUGCCUCUGACAGUGACUAGACCAGGAGUCUCAGAUAUUGUCUGGACAGUUGGGAGAGGUCGAGCCUUGAGCUUCAAGUACCAGUGA